UCGCUUUUCAAUUUAUAAACCUCGCUAUUUCUAAACCCCAGUGAAAUAAACUCCCGCCUUCCCCAAUUAAAAAAAAAAAAAAAGAUACGCCAAAUUCAAGCCCAAACCCUAAUCCCCAAAUUGCCCCCUCAUCCCCAAAUCCUCUCUCUCUCUCUCUCUCCUAGGGUUUCGGCCUUUCCUCCCCCCCAAAUGGACGGCCGAUCCCCGGAAACCCUAGCUCCCUCGUCGCCGUCUCCCACUUCGGCUCCCGAUCUCAAAUCGAGCAAUGCAGAUCUCGACCCGUCGGCAGAGAGCAACAAAAGCCGCAAAAUCCCAAUCUUGGAUCUCGUGCUUCUUGAGGGCAGCGGAGCCUUGCGGCGUUCGCCGAGGAUCCAGCUGCCGGAGCCUGAGAAGAGGAAAUGGAUCGACAUCGCCGAAGACGACGGAGAGAAGAAGAGUUCUUUGAAGAAGUGUGGAAAAAAGAAGCCUAGGGUUUCUGUGAAGAAGGAGGAAGAGGGCAUGGAUUUGGACUCAAAAAAUGUUAAUGGGAAAUCUCAUUUUGUUGGGGAUCCAGUGCCUGAAGAGGAGGCGAUGGAGAGAUGGCCUCAUCGAUAUGCGAAGAAGGUUAAAACCUGCAACAAAUGGAGUAAUAUUGCCAACGUUGUUGAUGAUGAUGACAUCGUUUUAAAAGUAAAAUACCAUUAUUUGCAAGCUAAUGUGAGCGGGUGCACGUUUGAUAUUGGGGACUGCGCUUAUGUAAAGGGUGAAAAGAGGAAACCAAACUACAUUGGUAGAAUCAUGGAGUUUUUUGAAACAAUCAAAGGGGAGUACUAUGUUAGACUACAAUGGUUCUAUCGAGCUGAAGAUACUGUUAUGAAAGAUCAAGCAGCACGUCAUGACAAAAAGCGGUUGUUCUACUCAGAUUUAACAAACGACAACUUGCUAGAUUGCAUUGUUUCAAAAAUCAGGGUCAUUCAAGUCACCCCAAGCAUAUGCACCAAUGCUGAAUUCCCCUCUUCCUGGAAUAAAGAUGUAGAGUUGAAGGCUAAAUCUAUACCAUCAUGCUACUUCUACUAUGACAUGAGUUAUUCUGUAGACUAUUCUACAUUCCAAACCAUGGAAAUAAAUAAUUCAGUAGAGAAGAGUGAUUUGUCUUCUUCCAGUUGCUCGGGAACUGAUCAUGUGAAUGUCUCCAAGAUUGAGAUGUAUAGAAAGGAAGUUUAUAGUAAAUGCGAAUAUAAAAGUACAGAGCUAUCACUGUUAGAUUUAUAUUCUGGUUGUGGAGGAAUGUCGACCGGGCUUUGCUUGGGAGCUCAGAUUGCUGGUGCAAAGCUUGUCACGAGAUGGGCUGUUGACUUAGAUGAAGCUGCAUGUGAGAGCCUUAAACGAAAUCACCCAGGAACAGAAGUCAGAACUGCAUCAGCUGUAGAAUUUUAUGAGUUAUUAAAGGAAUGGAACAUACUUUGCAAAAAAUAUAUAGUUGGUGGUUAUAAAAAUGGUAAAUCUGAUUCAAAGGCCUCAAAUGUGCAUGCAUCUAAUGUGCAAGCUCAUGAUGACUCCGAGAUCUCAUCUGAUGAAUUUGAGGUCUUAAGACUUGUAGAUAUCUGCUAUGGCGAUCCUGCUAAAUCUGGUGAACACGGAUUGAAGUUUAAGGUCCGCUGGAAGGGCUAUGCUCCAAGCGAUGAUACAUGGGAGCCUAUUGGUAAUUUAAGAUUACCAAUUUGGGUCAUUAAGAAAAUUGACAAUAUUAGGAAAGGUUUUCUUUGGACAGGAGCUAAAAAGUCAAGUGGUUUCAAGUGUUUAGUUAGCUGGAGAAAAGUCUGUUUAAGUAAACUUGAAGGAGGAUUAGGAGUUAAGGAUAUUCGGUUGUUUAAUAUUGCCUUGCUAUCAAAAUGGCUUUGGAAGUGCCUUGAUCAGAACUCAAAUACGGGAAAAUUUCUUUGUCAACUGUAUUGCACCAGAGGCAAUCUUCAAAUGAAUCUUGCAGGAGCUUCAAAAUCAUCAUUCUGGAAUGAUAUUUUAUCUUUUAAGAACGAGUUCCUACAUAAUAUCUCUUGGUCUCUGGGAGUAGGUGAUUCUAUCAGAUUUUGGGAGGAUAAAUGGACAGGAUUCCACUCCAUAGCCAGUCUUUAUCCUUCUAUUUAUAAGCUAGCUUUAUCCCCAAAUGUCUCUAUUUGCAGUCAAGGUUUUCUGAGAAAUUCCAAUUGGCAAUGGAGACUUCUGUUGAGAAGAUGCAUCUCUUCUUCUUGUCAAAUGGAAAAGGACAAUCUCAUGGAGCUUUUAAGGAGUUUUCAAACUUCUCACACACCAGAUAAUCCUAUAUGGUUGCUUACAAAUGCUGGCACUUUCACAGUCAAAUCUUUCUAUCAGUUUCUUAAUCAGAGAGGUAUUCUAUCACCUCAUUUUAAGGUUACUUGGAAGAUUAAAACCCCACCUAGAAUCAGUUUCUUCAUCUGGCUUCUGUGCAGUAACAAACUUCAUACAAAGGAUAAUCUUUUGUCAAAAGAUUUAUUACAUACUGUUAAUAAGCUUCGAGGAGAUGUUGGUUAUAUUUGGCGAAGCUUUAUCUCCUAUAUCUGCUGGAACAUUUGGAUCAGUAGGAAUAAAACAAUUUUUGAUAAGAUGAGUUUCUCAUACAAUACGAUUAUCAAUAAUGCUAUAUAUGGACUAUAUGAAUGGUCAGGUAUUGGACAAGGUGCUGCGGCAAGGAAAUUGUCUUCCAGGCUAGAUAAUCUUCCACUCUCCCGAGCAAGUGUCUGA